AUGGAGCUGGUGCUGGGAAAUCCAGCAAUUGUAAGCAUUCCUGUGGCUGCUUGGCGGCAAGAGUGUCAUUUGGCGAAAAUGAAUGAAACGGAGGGUAAGAGCAGCGUGGCUCGUUUGCUCGAUGCUCUUGAGUGUGAGUUAGUAGCAGGCAGUGAGAAAGGAGAUCCCACCGAAAAGCAACUGAAAGUCACAUUGGAAGACGCAAAUCUUUGGCAAAAAUUCAAAGCAGUCACCAACGAAAUGAUUGUCACCAAAAAUGGAAGGCGGAUGUUUCCAGUUUUGAAAAUAAGUGUAUCUGGAUUGGAUCCAAAUGCCAUGUAUUCAUUCCUACUGGACUUUGUUGCUGCUGACAGUCAUCGUUGGAAAUACGUGAAUGGUGAAUGGAUUCCAGCUGGCAAACCAGAACCCCUGACACAGAGUUGUGUUUACAUCCACCCUGACUCCCCUAACUUUGGGGCACACUGGAUGAAAGCUCCAAUCUCUUUCAGUAAAGUCAAGUUAACAAAUAAAGUCAACACUGGUGGACAGGUAAUUCUAAAUUCUCUGCAUAAGUACAAGCCUCAAAUUCAUAUAGUGCGUGUAGGUGGUCCUCGCAGGAUGGUUUCAAAUCACUCUUUUCCAGAGACCCAGUUCAUUGCAGUGACUGCAUAUCAAAAUGAAGAGGUUACAGCUCUGAAGAUCAAGAACAAUCCUUUUGCAAAAGCAUUCCUGGAUGCCAAAGAAAGAGCCAGUUAUAAGGAUUGCACAGAUGACUCUGAAAGUCAGCACAUAAGUUAUUCUCAAAUAAGCAGCUGGUUGAUUCCCAAUGCUGAGGCUAUUUGUGCACCAACAAGUCCGAGUUAUCAAUACUGUGCUGCCUUACCGCUGCCUGGUGCCCAUGGGUACCAUAGCUGUGAACGCUAUCCCUCACGGCACAGGCACCUUGCCAGUCCAUAUCCAACAUCCUACAUACACAGAAAUUACUCAACAGUGUCCAUUUCAGAAAACUCCAGCAACAGCCUUCAGGCUUUACCAGCACAUGACAACUGGUCAACGUUGCCACCUCCACCAUAUGCCAACAUGUUACCAGUGACUCAUACAGCUGGAACCGGAUCUAAUGCCAGCCACUAUACGUGCCACUGGACAGUUGGUAAUGGUUCUGUGACCCCAAGCAACACGCUGAGCUCAGCUUCUGGAAACCCUCAAAGUCCAUUUAUUGGAGGAAGCCUGAGUUUGCCGACAACUGCUUCAUCCUUCGCCACUAUGACAAGUUCAAGUGAAACAGCAAUGGAGUUUAAAAUAGUUAGAAAAAUAACUAAAGGGAAGAGACUGCGAGGAUCACAGCAAGUAGGGCACUCCCCUGCAGCAAUGGACAUGCCUGCGGCUGCAGCGUCAGCCUCCGCGAAUGCCCCAGGGGACUCACCUGUGGAGCCGAGCCUGGUCUCGGAGUUUGUGGAACUCCAAGGGAAUUUUGAUUCAGUGAUGGAGGAGACCUGGGCCAGGUUGGAAGCAAUCUCGGUCACACUGCAGAAACAUGACCAGGAGAUCCAGCGUCUCGAGUAG